CCGCACGCUCCGCGCCUCUGCCCCGGGUCCGCGCGCCCCCGGCCCGGCCGCCGACAUGCUGCUGUCCAAGUUCGGCUCGCUGGCGCACCUGUGCAGCCCCGGCGCGGUGGAUCACCUGCCCGUGAAGAUCCUGCAGCCCGGGAAAGCCGACAAGGAGCCCUUCGAGAAGCUCUACCAGGUGGGCUCGGUGCUGGGCAGCGGCGGCUUCGGCACCGUCUACGCGGGGAGCCGCCUGGCCGACGGGCUGCCGGUCGCCGUGAAGCAUGUGGUUAAGGAGAGAGUCACCGAGUGGGGCACGAUCGCCGGCGUCAUGGUGCCCCUGGAGAUCGUGCUGCUCAAGAAGGUGGGCUCCGGCUUCCGCGGGGUCAUCCGGCUCCUGGACUGGUACGAGCGGCCGGACGGCUACCUGCUGGUCAUGGAGCGGCCAGAGCCGGUCAAGGACCUCUUCGACUUCAUCACGGAGAAGGGCGCGCUGGACGAGGACGUGGCCCGGGCCUUCUUCGGCCAGGUCCUGGAGGCCGUGCGCCACUGCUACGCCUGCGGCGUGGUCCACCGCGACAUCAAGGACGAGAACCUGCUGGUGGACCUGCGCUCGGGCGAGCUCAAGCUCAUCGACUUCGGCUCGGGCGCCCUGCUCAAGGACACGGUCUACACCGACUUCGACGGCACCAGAGUGUACAGCCCUCCGGAAUGGAUCCGGUACCACCGCUACCACGGCAGGUCGGCCACGGUGUGGUCCCUGGGGGUUCUCCUGUAUGACAUGGUUUGCGGGGAUAUCCCCUUUGAGCAAGACGAGGAGAUCCUGCGAGGCCGCCUCUACUUCCGGAGGAGAAUUUCCACUGAGUGCCAGCAGCUCAUUAAAUGGUGUCUGUCCCUGCGGCCAUCGGACCGGCCCACCCUGGACCAGAUCUUCAACCACCCCUGGAUGCUUCGCUCCGACGUGGGGAAAUCUGAGGACUGUGACUUAAGGCUCCGCACCAUCGACACGGACACAUCCAGCACGAGCUCGAGCAACGAGAGCCUUUGAAAGAGGGCGCCAGCGCAGCCCCCUCUGCCCCCGGGGGCAGAGGAGCACACUGACCGGGCAGGGCUAGGACACCCCUCCUCCUCCUGUAGUCGAGUCCCCGCCUGAGGGGCUCAGGGGCCCCCCUGCUGGUGGCCACGAUGGGCCAGCAUCUCUGAGCCCCAGGCAGGUGGUGGGCACUGGGCCCAUCCGCCCCGCCUCUCCUCCGGGAGCAGCGAGCACGCGCGACCUCUAGAAUCCCGCGUUCAACUUCUUGGCUCUCAUAGAGCUGGGACUGAUUCCCUUGCUUCUGAGUGCCUUUCUGAUAGCUGCUUUAGUGGGGGGCUGGGGAGGGGUCUCUGAGCUGCGUCUACCCAAAGAAUCAGUUCAGUCCAGGGCUCGGCUUGCCUCGCCCGGUCCUCCCUGGCCCUGCCUCCUCACCUCCUGGGGCCUGGCCCCCUUGCCCCACGGCUGACCCCCGGAGGGGUAUGUGACCACAAGCCCGCCCCUCCGUUCUUUGCUGCUCCCCCACCUUUCUGGCGGUCUGCACUGAGGCCAGACUGGGCUAGCCGCUUGGUUUCGGAAAUCAGGAAGGUCCACCCUGUUUCCUUCGGAUCAUCUCACCUCUGGGCACAAAGCCCCCUGCCUGACACCCCAACCCGGUCCUGCAUUCGUUGGUCUUCUGCCUAAGCCCCGCCUUCUCCACCAUCCCUGCCCUUCUGGCCACCCUCAGUCUUAAGUGUGGAUGGGCCUGUUUGAGAGGAUGCACAGAUCAAUGCAACUAGCCAGGCCUGACCCGGCCCCAGCCCCCACCCCUGUCUGCGUAUUUAUGUCCGGAGUCCGCCCCCCCCCCCGUAUGAUAGCGAGUUUUUUAUUUAUUGUAUGACCAUUGAGGACAGCGGCCGGUCCCUGCAGGCCCGGCCUAUUUAUUGGGCUUAAUUUAUUGUUGAGAGUUGAUUCUGCGUCGAGCUGGCCCCCUCCCCCUUGUGGCGGCAGCUCGGCUGACCCUGAAAUCUUGCAUUCCUGUCCGCUGUAUGUUUUCUUUCUGACUCCCUGUAUUUGUUGAAAGAUGGAGAAUUAUUGUACAAAGUCUAAUUUAAGGGGAAUAGAAUGUCUUUCCUAAGUGGGAUGGGUGGCGGGCCCUUGGGCGCCACCGCCUGGGCUUUGGUGGCCCGUGCUGGGAAGGGGGGAGGGUCUGUCUCCGUGGGGGGGGGAGGGUGGCAGUCAGCGGCCCCUUUAAUUUAUUUUACUGACUGUGUUUGUGACCAGGUCGCCCCAAGUGUGACCUGGAUUGGGGGGUUUGGUCCUUCACUUGAACAGUGUGAAAUGUAUGGAGAUCAUAUUUUUUUAUACAGGUUAUUUCAAUUAAAUUUUUCUUUUUUUUGUAUAUAA